AUGUCAACAGCAUCAGAAAAAUUUCAUUUUGUUUUCAAUCAUGAACUUGAAAAUCGUAUUCAAAUUAAAAUUGGUUCAGUCGAUGGUGAACGACCACAACAACUUAUAAAUGAUUUAUUUUUUUCGAAAAAUUCAACAUUUGUUCGUAAUUUAAAUGAUACAAAACGUAGUGAACCAUAUGUUGUUUGUCAAGUCUUUUCUGAUGGACAACCAUUAUGUAUGCCUGUUCAAACAUCAUUUAAAUCAUUUAUAGAUAAAUGGAAUUGGAAUGAAUGGUUAACAUUACCAUUAAGAUAUUGUGAUUUACCUCGACAUGCUGUUUUAACAUUUUCAAUUCAUGAAAUUCUUUCACCAAGUGAUAUACGAAUUGUUGGAAGUACAACACUAUCAUUAUUUGCUUCUGAUGGAACAUUUCGUCGAGGUAUAUAUGAUUUAAAACUAUGGCCAAAUAUUCCACCGGAUGUUAAAUUUAAUUCUACAACAUUAGGAAAAAUAGAACCAAUAUUACAUCAAGAACCAAUUCUUAAUAAUUAUACAAAUAAAAAUAUAUUAACAACAACGAAUCUACAAAAUAAUUCAAAACAAAUAACAGCUAAACCACCGGUGAUUACAUGGAAUGAUGAAAGUGAAUAUCCUAUUUUGGAUGAAUUAAGUCGAAUAGCAAAAUUAAUUAAAACUCAAUGUGAUGGUCAUGCAAUACAUCAAGAAUGGCUUGAACAAUUAACAUUAGCUAAAGCACGUUCAUGUUUAGAUAUUGAACGAUCAAAUUCAAAAUCAAUGCUUUUAUUAAUUGAAUUUGCUCGAACAAUGAUUGAAGAUAAUGAAUGUGUUGUAUUAUAUUUUGAACCGAAUUUUGAUGAUAUAAUUAAUUAUCCAAUUGGUUAUACAGAUUCAGUUGUUUUUGAUCCUGAACUUGACCUUGAAAAUAUUGUUGAAAGUAAACAUUUAAAAUUAGCACGUAGUGGUCGUAAAGCAAUGGAUAAAGAUUUAAAACCAGCACGUGAACAACGUGAUAAAUUAAUGCAAAUUUUAGCAUAUCCACCAGGACAAUAUCUUUCAAUUGAAGAACAAGAUUUAGUAUGGAAAUAUCGAUUUUUUUUAUCACAACAUAAAAAAGCACUUGCUAAAUUUCUUCAAUGUGUUCAUUGGGAUAAAGAAGAAGAAGUUAAACAAGCACUUGAUUUAUUACAACAAUGGGUUACAAUGGAUACAGACGAUGCACUUGAAUUACUUGGUCCAACUUAUCAUCAUCCUAAAGUUCGUUCUUAUGCUGUUUCAAGAUUGAGACAAGCAUCAGAUGAAGAUCUUCUUUUAUAUCUUUUACAAUUAGUACAAGCUCUUAGAUAUGAACGUUAUGAUUUAAUUAAUGCUUAUGUUGUAGAUGCUUCAGGCGAAGAACAGAAUAGUUUAAACAGUAGUAGUGAAAAUUAUGCUAAUGUUGUUGUUCCAUCGGAUUCUACAUCUUGUGAUUCAACAAAAUCUUCUAGUCCAGAAAUUGAUUUAUCAACAUUUUUAAUUCAACGAGCAUGUGAAAAACCAAUAGUUGCAAAUUAUUUAUUUUGGUAUGCAUAUGUUGAAUGUGAAAAUAAUAGUUCAUUAAAAGAUAAAGCUAUAAGUGAUAUGUAUCAAGCAUUUGUCGAACGAUUGAGUUUAACACUUAAAACGAAAAAUGAACAAACUCAACAAGUUCGUUUAUCAAUUGAAGCACAAAAAAAAUUUGUUGAUAAACUUGUUGAAUUAACAAAUAUUGUUAAACGUGUACAAGGUACAGCUAAAGUCAAAGAAGAUAAAUUACGUAGUUUAUUAUUAGCUGGUGAUGAUUCACCAGUUAGAUUUAAUUUUCUUAAUUUUGAACCAAUACCACUUCCAUUAGAUCCUGAAAUUAAAAUUCGACGAAUUAUUCCAGAAAAAAUUCGAAUAUUUAAAAGUGCAAAAUUACCUUUUCUAUUUGUAUGUGAAACAGUUCAAGGUGAAGAAUAUCCAAUUAUAUUUAAGUAUGGUGAUGAUCUUCGACAAGAUCAACUUAUUUUACAAAUUAUUACUUUGAUGGAUCGAAUUCUUCGAAAAGAAAAUAUUGAUUUAAAAAUAACACCAUAUAAAGUUUUAGCAACAAGUUUAAAAUGUGGUUUUGUUCAAUUUAUUGAAUCUCAACCAUUACAAAAAAUUCUUGAACGUAAUCGUACAAUUCGUCAAUAUUUACAAAAUAAAGUAACUAUAACAAGUAAUGAUGAUACAGUUUUAAAUGAAACUGGUAUUCCUCGAGAAAUAAUGGAUGCUUAUGUAAAAAGUUGUGCUGGAUAUUGUGUAGUAACAUAUUUAUUAGGUGUAGGUGAUCGACAUCUUGAUAAUUUAUUAUUACGAGAUACAGGUCAAUUAUUCCAUAUUGAUUUUGGUUUUAUUAUGGGUCGAGAUCCUAAACCAUUACCACAAGCAAUGCGUGUAUCAAAAGAUAUGAUGGAAAUGUUAGAUGAAACACGUUUAUUAGAUUUCUUACGACAUUGUUUUACGGCUUUUAUUAUUCUACGAAAACAUGCAAAUGUUUUUGCCAAUUUAUUUUCACUUAUGUUAGAUGCAAAUAUACCUGAUAUUGCAUUAGAACGAGAUAAAACAGUUAAAAAAUUACUCGAUAAAUUUCGUCUUGAUUUAGAUGAUGAAAAAGCAAUAAGUUAUUUAAAAGAUUUAAUUGAUUCAAGUAUAGGCGCUAUUGUACCACAAUUUUAUGAUUAUUUACAUAAUUGGUCACUUGCUUUUCGUUGA